AUGGUACUGUUUGGACUAGGUAGACUAUUUUACGUCAUUUUAUUAUUGAUUAAUGCCGUUGCAGUACUGAGCGAAGAAAGGUUCUUAAGAAGAAUUGGCCUUGGAAGAUCAAAUGAUGAGACACCUGUUUUUGGUCAGGAUCAAAAUACCACGAAGUCCAAGGUUGUUCAAUUGAUUGGCGCCGUACAGACAUUACUGAGGAUACCAUUAAUUGGAAUAAAUAUACUGGUGAUUGUUUAUGAAUUACUAUUGGGAUGA